AUGGCACCUGUUUCCACCCUCUCCUUCAAAUGCGCGCUCGUCACCGGCGGCAGUGGAGGCCUUGGUAAAGCCAUGGCCGAGUCCUUGAUCAAGAAGGGCAAAAAGGUCCUCCUUGCCGGCCGGUCGGAGGACAAGCUCGCCUCUGCCGCCAAAGAGCUCGGGGCGGCGGGAUACUACGUCCUCGACACGGGCAAGGUCGACGCUAUCCCCUCCUUCCUUGACAAGGUCCUCGCGGACCACCCGGACCUUGACUGCCUCAUCAACAAUGCCGGCGUGCAGCGUCCAUUCCAAGUCUUGGGUCCGGACUACUCGUUCGACCUCGCCCAGGCGGACCAGGAGGUCGACAUCAACAUCCGGGGUCCCAUGCACCUCUCCAUCCUCCUCGUCCAGCGCCACUUUUCCAAAUUGGACGGCGGCGCGGUCAUCAUGAACGUAUCGUCCGUACUCGGUCUCAACCCCUUUAGCGUCAUCAACCCAAACUAUAACGGGACCAAGGCGUGGUUGCACAUGUUCACCACGAACCUCCGGACACAGCUGAGGGAUGCGGGUACCAAAAUCAAGGUGGUGGAGAUCGUGCCGCCGUCGGUGGGGACGGAUCUGCACAGGGAUAGGACGGAUCCGGAUGACAACAAGAAGGAGAAGGGGGCAAAGGCGCUGACGGUCGACGAGUUUAUGGCGGAUGUCGAGGAGGGAUGGAAGACGGAUCUGGAUACGGUCAGUGCGGGGAUGGGCAAGGAUUUGGUUCAAAAGUGGGAUGAGACUUUCGGGAGCAUGUACAAGGAGGCAACGGACAAGUAA